CGCGUUUCCGACCGGGUGUCUCGCGGUAACGUUUGCCUCCUCAAUAAAACACCAUGCGACGGGCAGCGGGGGAGCGCUGUUAGCAUCUCCUUCGGGUUUCUGUUCGGCUGUACUUUUAUAAACCGCUCUGUGUGUAAAAGAGCUGUUGUUGGGGAUUCCGUCGCGAGUGAUUAGCAGGCUGGCUAACCGGAGGAACUAACUAAGACUUAGUUACAACACAACAACAGCCGUGGUGGUGGUGGUAAAUAAUAAAAAUCGGACAUCGGGUUUUUUGGCGCCGUGACGUGAGGCGUGUUCGUCGUCCUUGACGGUAAAGCAGUCUGACGCGGGUAGCUGUGUCCACAUUGUCCGCUAUGCCCGCUGUGCCCCUGGCUCUGAGCUCAGCCGUCCUCCUGGUCCUCUUGGCGGAAGUGGGACACGCCAGCAAUGACACGAGUCACUGCAAGCUGAUUUCGACGUCGAAAAACUCUCAGGCCGAGAGGGACGCGCUGAGUCGACUGGAGCCUCUCGCCAACAAAACUUUCAAUGUGACGACCGCCGGCCCGGAACAGUACACCUACUCCUUCAGGGUGUGUGGGAAUGCUGGGAAAACGCCAGAGGGGGGUCUGAUCCAGAUAGAUGCCAAGCUUCCCGAUAAGGAGACUCUAAUUGGGAAAUACACGGUCACGCAGGCAGUUGGUGGCAGUGACUGGGUGAUGCUCAUAUACAUGAAUGGAUCAGCAUAUUCAACACACUGUGGCAGCGAGCACAGGAAGGCCAUCAUCAUGAUCUCCUGCAGUCCAGGAGUGCUUAUGGGGGAAUUUUCAAUUGUUGUGGAGGAGAGGCAGAGGGAAAAUGACUGCUUUUACCUUUUUGAGCUGGACUCAAGUGCUGUCUGUCCGCCUGUUGAAUCUAAAUUGAGCUUGGGCUCGAUAUUGCUGAUUGUUGGUUUCUCCUGCUUGGCAGUGUACUUAAUUAGUGGAUUUUUGUAUCAGCGGCUAGUUGUUGGAGCCAAAGGAAUGGAACAAUUUCCCAACUAUGCUUUCUGGCAGGAAAUAGGCAACUUGACUGCUGAUGGGUGUGACUUUGUCUGUCGUUCUCGUGGGAGUCGUGAGGAGCCACCUACGUACAGAGGUGUGGCAUCUGAGCCCCUGGGGGAGGAGCCUGAAGAGAGAGAUGAUCAUUUACUUCCCAUGUGAACUUGCUGUAUUAAUUUUGCAGUGUUUGUUAUAUCGUCCAUAUGUUUUUUUUAAGAAAUUCAGAGAUGAAAGUGAGAAUCCAAACAGUCAAAA